CGUUGCGCAAUCAGGUCGGUGUUCCUGAUAAGUGGGCAGGGCUUCAAGUCACGUGACAGCGGGUGUCCGUUAAUAUGGCCGCCGCACGGCUGUUGAGACGCACAGUGCUGUUAGGUCUAGUGGUGAACAGAGGACUACUGAGAAGCAUGUGUGCGCAGGUGGGAGACUGGCAGAGCGCCAAGUCCAUCUACGAGUUCUCUGCAAAGGAUAUUGAUGGCAAUGAGGUGUCUCUUGAGAAAUACAGAGGGUCCGUUUGCAUCAUUGUAAACGUAGCCUCCAAAUGAGGAAAGACCACCGUGAACUACACUCAGCUAGCGAGAAUGCACGCCUCCUAUGCUGCAGAAGGUUUACGAAUCAUGGGCUUCCCCUGCAACCAGUUUGGAGGACAGGAGCCAGGCACUGAUGCAGAGAUUAAAGAGUUUGCCAAAGGUUUCAAUGCAGAGUUUGAUCUCUUCAGUAAGAUUGAGGUGAAUGGAGACAAUGCUCACCCUCUGUGGAAGUGGAUGAAGUCACAGCCCAAAGGCAAGGGGUCGUUUGGCAAUAACAUCAAAUGGAACUUCACCAAGUUUCUUAUAGAUAAAGAAGGACAAGUGGUGAAGCGGUAUGGCCCAAUGGAUGAUCCCAGUUCGGUGGAGAAGGACCUGCCCACGUACCUUUAAUAUGGCUGUGUGACCCCUGACCUCUUCCAUGGACUUCCAGGGUAUUUGUGUGUGUGUGGGUGUCUGGACCAGUGACGGCCUGUCUGUAAACCCAACCUUGGGGAGGGCAGGCCUGAUGAUCCCAAGCGUGCAGCUAACCUCCAGAACCCCCGCUCACCAAACCCGACAAGACCAUUUCAGAGGACAAUCACUAGUUGUCCACAGUAGAGACACUCCACAUUACUUACUUUACUCUACACUACACUUCAACUUCAAAACAGCCAUUCCUUCUUCUACCAUCAACAUAAUGUUUGUGCAUGAGUCAGUUUUAUGUUUUAAGGACAUAAAGGAUGCCAUAACUUCCACAGAUUUCUGAAAUGCUACUGAUAAUAUUCUUUGCACUUAACUAAUGAAAGGGCCCAUUAUUGUACCAUGACUUGGCAAUCUGUUGAAAUUGGGAAAAUAAAUAUUGUGGCAAUGGU